AUGGUUUAUAUAUGUCAUGUGUUUUUAGGGUAUCGGUGGAAGAUUUAAAAGUCAAGCUAUCAAUUCAGUGAGUGACAAUUUGCUUAAAGCUGGGGAACUGUUAAAGGAUAUAAACCCAUCGAGGCGAAGUUGUUUAACAACAUUCACAGAAUGUUUUGAUCUGGUUACAUGGUUAAGAGAGAGCAUAAAAGGUAAUGAGCCAAUGCAGAAUUAAUAUUGUCAGCGGCAAUGCUGCAUAUGCUGGUUAUUUGUGUAAAUAGCCUAGAUUUAUCUGUCUUUUCUUCUAUAUUAAAUUAAUGGCUCUCAAUUAGCACUUUAAUUGUAUGCUAGAUACGCCUUGAUGUCGAUAAUAUUUAGAGCUGUCAUUCCAGGCCUGAAGAUAACAAGAUAUGGAGGGUCAGUCAGUCUUGUCUCUGAAGUUGCCGGACUGCUCAGCAAAGUGCACCCUGGAAUAUUAGAAUAUAUGGUUGACAGAUUUUGUGUAACAUAUUAUCUUCUUUUGAACUCCAUUGCAGAUGAACAAGAGCUUAAAGUAUUUGUUGAUUUGGCGAUGAUUUCAGCUGGGGAAGAUGAUAUGGAAAUUGACCGAAUUUCGUGCAUGCACACCAGUUGUCUUGGGUUUGGAUCAUUAAUAUUUGGUUACAGAACAGAUCAUGGUUUUGAAGAAUUAAUGCGACUUUGUCAACCGGUGUGGCAAGCCGUUGACACAAAUCCAAGCAUUCAAGAAAAAUUGGUGAGCUGUUUUGAAAUUUGAAAUGUUU